AUGGUGAAGGAUCUGAGCUGCGACCAUAUUUGCCGAUUAAUCGGUGUCUGCGUAGAUCGACCUCAUCUAGUCUAUGAAUACUGCCCAAAGGGAAGCUUACAGGACGUACUUGAGAGUGAGCAGAUUAAUCUAGACUGGAUGUUCAAGUUUUCUCUUAUCCAAGAUAUCUGCAGAGGUAUGAUCUACCUGCACAACAACCUUGGGCCCCACGGGAAUCUGAAGAGUUCUAACUGUCUGGUAGAUUCUAGAUUUGUCGUCAAAAUCACCGAUUUCGGUUUGCACAUCCUUCGAGGACCAAAGUACACCGUUGAAGAUUACGCCUUCCAUCGCAGCAAGUUUGCCUGCUUUACUUAUUUUAUUGAGGCUAUUUACACUCAUAAUUUAACUUAUCGUCUGUGGACGUCUCCAGAACUACUGCGCGACAAAGUCUCGUCGGCUCUUGGGACUAUCAAAGGCGACGUAUACAGUUUUGCCAUUGUCUGCCAAGAGAUAAUCUAUCGCAAAGGUGUCUUCUUUCUUGCUACUCAAGAGCUAGAACCCAAGGUAAACAGCAAGUGA